GGAAAGUGUUAUUGUUUUGAUUUACGUGGUACUUGUAAAGGUAUUUCGAAAUUUUUUUUAUCCAAUUCAUGUUUUCUUUGCUGAAAUUCGAGGCGAUUAGAUGCAACUAAUUAACGGUUUUCGGCUAGUGAUGUGAAAAGUGUCCCAAGCAGUGUGAGUCUUUUGUGUUUUCGUGUGAUUACCGGAAAAGCUCAAGCAAAAAAAAAAUAUGUCGUGGCUCAAGCUGAACGAUAGUUUGAACAAAGUGAAGGGUCAAAUUACCAGUUUCGCCCAAGAAGUCCUGGCGGAGGGAAUAGUGGAGGAGGACGAGAAUGAAGCUGGUCAGCGGUUCAACCCGGUUUUGGAGCUGGGACAGGCUCGGGAAAAAAUUGACGAACUAAUGGGGCUUUGCGCAACACAGGAUCAAGAGAUUACAACAUUGCGCAAACAAAUUGCAGAAUAUCAACAACACCAACAGUCCCAACCAUCGAAACCUCCAACAGAGCAUCCAUCGUCGAGUUCAAAACUGUCCGAACAACCGGGCUCAUCGUCAACCGAUGGUACUGGAGUUAGUAGCUCGGUUCUGAAUGCUACCACCUCCCCGUCUGCUCUCGAGGACAGCUGGUUCUGGGAUCCGGAGCAGAAUGUGUCCUCCACGUCAUCGUCGUCGAAGAAGGACGAUGAGAACGAUUCACCCCGAUCCGGCACAGACUUGACCACAAUUCCGUUGGAAGCACCGGCUUCCGAGGCGGAAAUCAUCGAACGGUUGCUCCGACAGCUCAACGAACGAAGCCAACAGCUGAAGAAGCAACAGCUGGAGAAUGCACUGCUCGGUGAAAAGUUGACUCAGGUCAGUAACGAGAACCGAGAGCUGAACGAAAACAUCGACGAGCUGGAUCGGCAGCAUGAGCUGGUGGUGGAGAACCUACUGGGGGUUAAGAAAGGCCUUCAGGAAAAAUGUCUCCAGCUAGAGGAGGAACUACGUGUCAAGCAGGGAGAGGCCGCCGCAGCGAACGAUUUGGACGAAGUGAGAGCGAAGUACGACAAACUGGAACAAAGCUACGUGAGCUCGUGUCAGGAAAACGUCCGGAUGAAGGCCGAACUGGAAAGGCUUGUCGUGGAAAAUAUUGACACGGUAGCAGAGCUAGAGAUUGAGAUUGCAGAACUCAAGAAAAAUGUACAGUCUUCGACAGAUGCAGAACAACGACUCAAUUCAUUGACGGAAUGCCGAGCCAGACUGGAAGAGCAGUUGACGGCCCUAACCGAUGAAAAUGAGCAAAUUCGAGAAAAAUUCGAAGAAGCGCAAUCAACAUCUGCUCAAUAUAAUGAACUGAAAGCUAAAUAUGACAAUCUAGUGGCAAAUCAAAACGAAGUUCUACAGCAAGCGACAGAUCAAGCCGAGGUUGCGAACCUUCAACGAAGGAACGAUGAAUUAUCGUCGGAAGCAGAACGAUGGAAAACCGACUGUGAUCGGUUACAGGAAGAUAAUCUGGCACUUCAGAAAAGCGAAAAGCAACUACAAACGAAACUAAGCGAAACCGAAGAGCGAAUUACACAAUUGGAACAGCGGUUGUCAGCCGAAUCACAAGUUGAACAAUUGCAAAGAGAAGUUAGCGAACUACAGAACGAGUUGCGAAGUGUUAUUAUUGACAAUUCUGUACAGUUGGAUGCUAAGGAGAAGGAAUGGCAGGAGAAGCUAAAUUUCGUGAAAGCGGAGAACUCGCGUAUUCAGCACAGCAAGGAUACGCUGGAAGCAGACCUAAUGCAGUAUGAGAAAGAAUGUUCCAAUCUUAUGAAAAACAACGAACUUUUGAUAUCCGAAAUCGAUAAUCUAAAAUGCAAAAAGUUGGAAACAAUCAAUGAAAAUGCUGAAGACAGUGUUGUAAUACUGGAAAAGCAGCUGGAGGAUUGUAGCAAACUGAACAAGAGUCUAGAAGACGAGUAUCAGGAGGUUAUCAAAAAGCUGGAAGAAGUGUUGGAGGAACGAGAAGAGUUCGAAUCAAAAGUGGAGUCACUCCAGAAGACCUUGGAAACAAAAACACAAUCGAUUAAAGAUCUUCAGUUGAAAGUCGAAACAUUGGAACAGGAAAAGUCCAAUCUUGUGUUUGAGAUUAAUGAAGAGCAAUCCAAACCUACGGCACAGGAAACCAACGAAGAAAUCGAAGUUUACAAAACACAAAUGGAAAGUCUUCAAGCUCAGUUGACGGCCAUCAACGAGGAUCACGCAAGUCUAGUGUUGAAACUACAGACGCAGCAACAAAAUUCGGUCGAGAAAUUAAAGAACUCGGAAGCUAAGAUUUCAGAACUGGAAAGCACUUUGAAGGUAAACAAAUCCGAAAUCGACCAACUUCAAGACAAGUUGCAACAAAAAAUGGAGGAACUGUCUAAUUUGAAAGCCGCGAAUGAAUCGACUCGGGACAAAAAUUUACAAUUGCUACAGGAUCGGUUGGAGGCUGAAUCACAGAAGUCAACCGCUUUGGCCGUUGAAAAAGAUGAGAUUGGCAAACAACUCAACGAAAUGCGUGGCGAGCUAGACAAAUCACGAGCCGAAUGUGAACAACUCACUCAGACCUACGCUGCCCAAUCGGCAGAACAAAGCGCCCUGGUUGAUUCGCUUACCCAACAGAAGGAUAAUCUGGUUCAACUGAUUACCGUCAAACACAACGAAAAUGUUCAAUAUCAUGCGGAAAUUCAACGGUUGAGCCAACUCUUGCAGACACAACUAACCGAAAAAACGGAACCCGACUUAGCACCACCCGUUGAAUGUCAAACUUGUCCGGUUCUUCGCGAACAACUUUCCUCGCUAGAGGACAAAACCAAGAAGCUAGACGACUUCGAACGUAUGACCGACCAGAUUCAGUUUCUUCGUGAGAAAUCGGAAAUUCUUACCAACAAUCUGCUGACGGAACAGAACAACCAGAAGUUGCUGCAGCAGGAGAAGCAUGAUCUGGUGGAUCAGAAGAAUGGACUGGCCAAAGAUCUGGAACGGUUGCGGCACCAUCUGCUGGAAAUCGAGGAAGCCCACACGCAAGAGACCGUCGAGCUGCAGCAGCGGUACGAUGACACCCGUGCGAAACUGCAAGCCCUCGAGGAAGACGUCAAGAAGUCCACCAAUGCACUGACAUCGGCGAGUAUUCGCGCCAAUCAGCACGCGGAAACACUACAGACACAGUAUCAACUCUUGCAACAGCAACGCGAUGAGCUGGUCGCCAAAUUGAACUCUGCCGACGAUCGGGAUCAGAAGAAUUUGGCAUCCUUGACGAACCUGCAGUGUGCUCUGGAGCAGUUCCAGAUAAAUAAAGAUCGGGACAUUGAACUAGCUACGGCCAGCAUCCGUAAGGAACUGGAACAGUGCCACACACAGGAAGCCAAUCUCAAAGCCGAUAUUCGACAACUGCAGCAACAGCUGGCAGAUGCCAAAAAUGGUCUACUGGCUGCAGCAAGGAUUUCCGAUCAACUGGAAAUUGCUCAAGUAACCGUGGCAGGCCUGAAAAACGAGUUGGUGGAAAGCAACGAAAAGUAUCAUGUUCUUGAGAGGCGCCUGCAGGCCACGGAAGCCAGCCAAGCUGACAAGGUGGAGAAGACUCUGGUGAAGAACUUGAUCAUCGGUUAUGUGGUGGCACCCAACCAAAACGACAAGUUUCAAAUAUUGAAGCUGAUAUCGGCAGUGCUCACAAUGGAUCAAGCCGAGUGCAUUAAGAUUGGUCUGAAUCGAAGCGGUGGCAGUUGGUUUAACAACAUACUUGGAAGUGGUGGAACACCCGGAACUACUCAAAACUAUAACAAAGAAAGCCUCACGGAAGCCUUCGUUAAGUUUCUGGAAAAAGAAUCCGCUCCCAGGUCGACCAGUACCACCAGUUCUGGUUUGCUCAAUGUGAUGAGUCACGAACAUCCGCCGCAGUCCACGGUGUUAUCGAGAACGACUACACCUACUCAACAGCAACAAACUGCAGAUAAAAACCAGAACCCAAUUCCAGCUACGCCAGCUGCUGUGCAACCAAUUUUGUUAGGCGAAUCAUCUCUGCUGCAACAGACGACCUUCCAGCCGGCACGGAGUUCGAGUUCCAUACUGAAGGACAUUCUUAGCGAUUCCUGAUUCGAGGUGUAGUUUGUCGAAACGUGGAAAGUAUUAGGGCAGGUUCCAAAUGCUCUAAAAGAGUUUUAAUGUUUUUGAAUGCCAGCCGCAUCGGUUGUAUAUAGAUUAUUUCAAUAUAUAUAUUUUUUCAGACAUGAUUUAGACUGUUUUUUUCGUCGCAGUUACUGUAUGACUAUCUUUGUUGAUACAUUUUAUAUUUUUGUGCAAUUGUAUUGUGAAUGAACAGCAUUCAAAAUAGCAGUAUAGCUGACAUACUGAGUAGAUACUACGGGACGGUAAAAGCAACCUAACAGAUCCAAGUUGUGAAUUACCACUCUCCAGUAAGUUUAUAAAUCAGUCAUUUAAUAUGUGUAUUAUAAAGAAUUAAUGUUAAAA